CGCUGGGCAGGUUGGCUGUUCUUGAAUUAUUCGCUUCCUUUUCCAUCCCCGCCCCCGGCGCUCUAUUUAUAGUGUUUUUUAGCCCCCCCACUUCCCAAUUUCCGCUAUUGGCAUCGCUAGAAGCGACAAGUUUUGAUCUCCGAUCCUUUGCUUCUUCUCCUCUCGAUUCUUUCUAUUUUCCUUUUCUUGAUAUCAGGGUUUUAUAGGUUUGUCUCUUGGGUUCCAGUGGUUUCUAGAUCGAAUUUAGGGUCAUUUUCUUUGGUAAUCAAGAAGGGGAAUUGGUGAUGUUUACGCGGCAGAAGAAAGGGUGGUCCCUUCUGCCGAGGGCCACGGAAAGGAGCAGUGGAUCGGUCCCAUUAAACCCUAGAGAUGGCAGCGGAAUGAUUCUUAAUAUGGGGAAUGGGAAGGGGAAGGGGAUUGCGGUGGCUGAGGCACUGCCGCCACCACCCCAGGCAUCUCUUGGCGGUGAUAAAGGUGCUGUCUUGGCCAGGGAAUGCGGCGAGGAGGAGGUCUGGAGGUCGUUUAGAGAAGCAGGUUUUCUUGACGAGUCUGUGUUGCAUAGAAGGAAUUGUGAAGCGUUUGCUCAAAGAAUUUCAGAGCUCGAGAAAGAGCUUUAUGACUACCAAUAUAAUAUGGGGCUUCUCCUGAUUGAGAAGGAGGAGUGGGCUUCCAAAUAUGAAGAAAUAAGGAAAGGAUUGGCAGAAGCAGGGGAAACCCGAAAGCGUGAACGAGCAGCACAUUGGAUUGCUAGAUCUGAACUUGAAGGCCGGGAUGAGAAUAUGAGGAAAGCUUUGGUGGUUGAGAAGCAGUCUAUUGUUGAUCUUGAAAAGGCCUUUCAUGAUAAGUCGGGGGAAAAUGUGGAAGCUAAAUUCAUGUUUGAUGAGAAGUUGGCCGAAACUCAUGCUCUGGAGGCAAGUAUUGGGGAUAGAUAUUUGGAGAUUAAAGGAAAGCUACAUUCUGUAGAUCCUAGGCUAGCAGAAGAAAGUUGGAGGAGUCCAGAGAUGGAUAGAAAGUUAGAGGAUGUGGAGGUUCAUGAGCCUGAGCUUCGAAAAGAAUCCACAGCCUUUACAACUGGAAAGAGGAAACAUGAGAACGACCUCACUCAACAAAGAGAAGUGUUCCGAGCUUGGGAACAGAAGCUGCGAGCUUGGGAACAGAAGCUGCAGGAUGGUCAGAAAAAGCUUGAUGAGGAGCAGAGAUUCCUUGAUGAGGGAGAGAAUGAGGCAAAUCGGAGAGAUAUUGUUCUCCAAAAGGAAGAAGAGCUUGAAGAGGCUAGAAAAGAAACAGAAGUUGCUAAUAAUUCAUUAAAAAAUAAAGAGAAGGAUAUCAGCACAAGACUGGAAGCUUUAGAUGCUAAAGGGAAGGUAGAGAUCCAGAAACUUUUAGACGAUCACAAAAUGAUUCUGGAAUCCACGAAACGUGAGUUUGAGUUGGAGAUGGAGAAGAAAAGGAACAUCUUUGAUCAAGAGGUGAAAGACAGAUUGGAUGCAGUGGAGCAGAAGUCCAUUGAAAUCAAUGUCAGAGAGGUUCAAAUUUUUAAUAAAGAGCAGGAUUUGGAGAUUGAAUUGCAGAAAUUGAAGAACAAAGAUAAAAGGUUUAACGAGAUAUUGGAUGCUUUAAAGGAGAGGGAGGACUCCAUAAGAAAAGAUGAGAAUAAGUUGAAGGAUGAAAAAGAGAACCUAGCUAGAGAUACCCAGAAGCUGGUGUCUUCUCAAACUGAACUUGAGAAUUCAAGAGCUGCAAUGGAAGCUGAAAGGCUGCAAACUAUCAAGGAGAGGGAAAAUCUUGAAGUAGCUAGGGAGGAGAGGGUGUACCAUCUUCUACUGCAAUCAAAAUUAGAGCAGGAGGUUGAUGAUUACAGGAUCAUGAAAGAAGCACACAGAAAAGAAACUGAAGAGCUGAGAAAGGAAAGGGACAGACUUGAGAAAGAGUCAGAAGUGCUGGAUAAUAGAAAAUUAGCAUUGGAAACAGAGCUAAAACAGCUCAAUGUUGAGAAAGAAAGGUUUGAAAAAUGGCGAUGUGUUGAAGAGGGGAAGUUGAAAAAAGAGAGGCUGAAAUUAACCAUUCUUAUCCAGAGGGAGUUGGAAGAGGUCGGAGCGGUAAAGGAGACUCUUGGAAACUCAUUAAUACACCAAUUGGAUCCUGUUGAAUUGUUCAAGAAGAAACAUGCUGAUAUCAAGGAUGCAGAUGAAUUGAAAAUUCAGAAGUUGAAGCCAGAUCAAGAUUGGCUGGAAGGGGAUAAAGAACUACAUGUUUGUAGAAAUAAAUGGGAAGCUGAGCAGCUAGAUAUUCAGAAGGACAUCACUACCCUCCAGUUUAUCAGGAAGAGCCUGAAGAAUCAACAAGAAGCUUUGAUAAAGGAAAAGGAGCGCAUUUUUGCCCUGGCUGAGCAGUUCAAGUGUUGUAAAAACUGUGGGUUCAAAAUUGGUGAUGCAGAUGUUCAUGGUAUCCAAAUUCCAAGAGGAACUGAGGGUUCGGAGAACAUUCUUCUGCCAAGCCUUGCCAAUAACUAUUUGAAGGAGCCUAUGGAGGGUGAGCAUACAGAUGCAUCUCCUCAGGGUACAAGCCCUCAACAUGUUACUUUAGGUGGCUGUGAGUCCUUUCUGCAAAAAUGUUCGAGCUUAUUCUCUCAUGGAAAAGUGGCAAAUCAGUCUUCUGAUGGUCAUAUAAAGAAGUCCUCUUUAUUUAAUGCUCAUCUUGAUGCAGAGGCUUCAGAGGAGGAAGCAAAGUUCCAACAUGCACCAUCCUUCAGUGUUGUGAACACUUCUGUUGAUAUGUGUAGGGCUCAAUCUGUUGGUGAAGUUUGGUAUAAUGGAGAAUCAAAGGGACUAGAUAAAGCCAAUGAUGAGGCAAAACCUUCAUUUGGAGUGGCAGACAUUUCCACUGAAAUGAUGAAAUUUCAGUCAGGCAAUAAUGCAACGGAGAUGGAAGAUGAGCCAAAUUUUCCCUCAAUUCAUGAAAAGAGUGGCAGGGAGGGAUCUUUUCUGCUUCCUGAGACUAAUUCCCAGGUUCAGGCAUCGAAACAGAGACAGCACCAAUCCAGCUCAAGUGCUAGGUGUAAAAUUAUCAAAAGAACGCUUUCUGUUAAGGCAGUUGUUGAAGAUGCCAGAGCUAUCACUGGGGUGAAUUCCGAAGAGAAACACGAUGAACAGUCAAAUGGGGAAGACAGACAUUCUCAGUGUGUUCAUGAAGAAAGCCUAGAUGAUUCUGUUCAUGAUGAUCAGUCGCCAUCAAAUGCAGAGCAGAACACCCAUUUUUCCGAUGCUUCUGGAUUGACAAAUAGCGAGCUGGAUGCAGGGGACGGCGAAGUGCAUUCUGAGAGUGUAUCACGUCGAGGGCGUCGGAAAAGACGACAAACAACAUCUCCUGGAACAGUAACCCCAGGAUUGAAGCGCUAUAACCUCAGACACUCCACAAUUGUGGCCACAAUGACAACAGCCCAAGGAUUAUCCAAUCAGAAAAAUGGACAGAAGAAAGGAAGCCCAUGGCAACCAUAUUAGAAACAAGAUGCUGAAGGGUGGUAGUGAUGAUGAUGGAGUUCAGGACAUGAAGUUAAUGGCACAUUUUUGUCCGCAUUUGUUAGUGUCAAUGAGAGAAUUAUUUACGUCUUAAGAACACCAAGGUGGGAAAUGACUUUGAAAGUAGUGAUUUCUCAUCCCAAAAUCUUGCCCAGAUAGACAUUUUCACUGUUCUGGUGUGAUGAUUUUCAUUUCUUAGUAAGCGCAUGGCAUCUGAGGAGUGCUUUCCAUUUGUAGCUCCAAUCACCAUUUUCGGAGGUACUUUGGUGCCAUGUCAUGAUAUCCAGCAAUAUUGCUUAAGGAGAUGGGAAGCAGUUGGUAUGGGAUUAUAUCAUUUUAGCUGGAGCUUGUAUCCUCCAUCCAUGUAUAGGAUAAUAAUUUCCUCAAAAAGUAAAUUGCAGCAUUUGGGUUUGCAAGAGGCUUCAACCAUUUCUUCUUAAGCUAAAUCUAUGAAUAUUCAAGCUGUAUUUCCACCCACAGAGGAUGUUAUGCAGAUAUGCUGGGUGCAAUCCUGAGAUUGAUGGGAUGCCACAAAUCAUUCUUUUUCAAAAAGAUAUGUGGACCAUAUAUCAUUUUGUACAAGAGUCCAACUUCAAGUACCAGGACAUUGCUUUUUAUUGUUAUUAUUAUUAUUAUUA